AUGACCCACUCUCAACACUGGCAAGAAUACCUCCAAGGCGCCCACGUCGCCCCCGAAGUCUUCGAACUCCGCCCUGAUUACCGCGUACUUUUGCUAGUGGUCACCGAUAUCAUCCCCGGCUCCAGCGACAUCACCAGCGAAACUCUACUGAAAGAAGCAGAAUCUUCCGCCAAGGACACACUAUCCAAACAACCCGUCACCGAGAUCCCUCACAUAGCAGCAUGGCGCGACACAUACAAAGCAUUCGGCUCCAAACCGCAAAAAUACCGCAAUAGUCUCGAGGCACUCACGAGGCGCGUGGAAGCUGGUCUGCCGAGGGUAAAUCGCCUUACGGACAUUUACAAUGCGAUUUCGGUGAAGAGGCAGAUUCCGCUUGGUGGUGAGGAUUUGGGGAAGUAUGUUGGGAGGCCGAGAUGUGUGAGGGCGACGGGGCAGGAGGAGUUUGAGACGACGGCUGGUGGAGAGAAGGUCGUGGAACAUCCAAAUAAGGGCGAGGUUGUGUGGUGUGAUGAUGCUGGGGUUACUUGUCGGAGGUGGAAUUGGCGGCAGGGACCGAGGACGGCGUUGACGGAUGAGACGACGCUGGCGCUGUUUGUUUUUGAUGCUUUGGAGCCGAUUACGGAUGGGGUGCUGGAGGAGGCGGCUGAUGAGAUGGUGGAGGCGUUGAGGAAGUCGAGUCCUGGGUUGCAGGUUGCGCGUCGACUAGUCACCAGGGCGGAUGUGUGA